AUGACACCACUCGGCUCCGGUUUGAUGUCGACGAUUCAAGGCGGCACGGCAAGCAGCAUUUUGGGACCCGGAAUGAUGAGCACUCUUGGCGGACUUCUCACCCCGGGCACACGAUCUGGCAUCAAAACGGGCGCCUCCGCAACACUUGAUCUGAACAAAAUUGGACAAGCCCGUAACAAGAUCAUGGACAUCAAACUGAAUCAGGUUUCCGACUCGGUGAGCGGACAAACAAACGUCGAUCCAAAGGGUUACCUCACCGAUCUCCAAUCGAUGAUUCCACAACACGGCAGCGAUAUAAAUGACGUAAAGAAGGCACGAAUGUUGCUGAAGAGUGUGCGGCAAACGAAUCCCCGGCAUCCGCCUGCUUGGAUCGCGUCGGCUCGUUUGGAAGAAGUCGUCGGAAAGUUGCAGGUGGCGAGAAAUCUCAUUAUGGAGGGAUGCGACAAUAAUAAGGACAACGAGGAUAUUUGGCUAGAAGCUGUUCGACUCCACCCACCAGAUGUCGGCAAGUCAAUCGUUGCCACUGCUGUUGGUCAUAUGCCGAAUUCGGUCCGCAUUUGGAUGAAGGCCGCCGACUUGGAGAUCGAUGAGAGAGCGAAGAAAAAGGUAUUCCGCAAAGCCCUUGAACAAAUCCCGACCUCGGUCAAGUUGUGGAAAGCGGCCGUAUCACUUGAAGCGCCUGAAGAUGCGCGAAUUCUCCUCACUCGUGCCGUCGAAUGUUGCAGUGCAAGCACUGAGUUGUGGCUGGCCCUGGCACGUCUUGAGUCGUAUGAUAACGCUAGAAAGGUGCUGAACAAGGCUCGGCAACACAUCCCCACUGAGCGCCAAAUCUGGUUGUCGGCUGCUCGAUUGGAAGAAACAAGAGGACAAAAGGAUAUGGUUGAACGAAUCGUUUCAAAGGCUCUCACUUCACUGCGGGCCAACGCUGUCGAAAUCAAUCGCGAUCACUGGCUGAAAGAUGCGGUCGAUGCGGAACGUGCCGGAUGUGCGAUGACUUCGCAAGCUAUUAUCAAAUCGAUUCUUGGAUAUGGUAUUGAAGAUGAGGACAAGAAAGCUACGUGGCUUGAAGAUGCGAAGAAUUUCUCCGAUCAAGGAGCUUUCAUUUGUGCUAGAGCCGUUUUCGCUUAUGCAUUGGGCGAGAUGCCGAAUCGUCGCAGUCUUUGGCAUGCAGCUGUUGUUUUUGAGAAAGAUCACGGAACUCCAGAUGACUACGAAGAAAUGCUGAAGCAAGCCUGCGAGAAAGCGCCACAAAGCGAGGAAUUCUGGCUGAGACACGCGAAGAGUCGUUGGUUGAGAGGACACGUCGAGGACGCCCGCGGCAUCUUGGCUAAGGCAUUCGAGCACAACCCGAACUCGGAACAAAUUUGGAUGGCCGCCGUUAAAUUGGAAUCGGAAAACAAUCACUUCGAACGGGCUCGUCGGUUGUUAGAAAGAGCUCGAGGCAAGGCUCCAUCGGCGCGAAUCUGGAUGAAAUCUGCGCAUCUCGAGUGGUGCCUCGGAGAGACCGACAAAGCUUUGAUGUUGCUGAAAGAGGGCAUUGAGAAAUACUCGGAUUUCUCUAAAUUUUAUAUGAUGAUUGGUCAAAUCUACGCACAAACGCAGAAUUAUAAUGAAGCUCGCAAGAUUUACACUGAAGGAGUAAAGAAAUGCCCACACGCCAUCCCGAUUUGGAUUCUUUUGUCGCGCUUGGAGGAGUCACAAAAUCAAGUGGUCAAGGCAAGAAGUGAUUUGGAGAAAGCCAGGAAUAGGAACCCUCGCAACGAAGACUUGUGGCUUGAGUCGGUUCGCAUCGAGACACGCGCCGGUUUGAAAGAGUUGGCUAGGGAGAGAAUGGCUCGAGCGCUUCAGGAAUGCGAGCAAUCGGGUCGACUUUGGGCGGAAGCCGUUUGGAUGGAGGAACGCCACGGGCGGAAACAAAAAUCAUUGGACGGGUUGAAGAAAUGCAACCACUCUUCGGAUAUGCUUGUUGCGACCGCCAAAUUGCUUUGGUCGGAGAGGAAGAUGAAAAAGGUGAGCACAUUUUUAAGCACAGCC